AUGGCAAGGACAAAAGGAGGUGAAACCAUGAAGAAGAAGAAAGAUCCAUCUAUGCAACCACCAAGGAAACAAAUCAAGCUAGGGAGUAGUAGCUGCAAUGCAAGAGCAGCAAUACCAACAUCACCACAUCUCAUUGAUGCAAAUCAAGAACAUGUGGAGAGUCCAAGAAGAGAAGAAGAUUGGGCACUUGUAAGCUUUGUUGGAGGACAAAUCCAAGACCCAAGAAAGUGCAAGAAGGCAAUGGAGAAGGUGAACAUAGAACCUUGUGUGAAGAUGGACACCCCAGCCCUUGACCUUCUCAAGAUAAGAGAUGAUGUCACAUGGUGUCUAAGGAAGCUUGGCUUGAGCAAGCUAUUCAAGAUAGAGUGCAGCGAGUACUCAAUGCUAACCAAGGAGUUCCUCUCCACAGUAGCUCUUGCCUUUCCCAACAACAAUGGAGACCAACCAGCUGGUGAUGGACUCCUAUUCUUCAAGAUACUUCAAGAUAGGCGAUGCCAAUGGGCGCAUCUUGAUGUCUUUUGGAGCAUUCUGGAGCAUAUGGGACGUGAGGAGCAUGGAGGGACUUGGCACAUGGACGCAGCUCAACUGGAUACGCAAAGGAAGAAGGAGAAGCCAUCUUGA